AUGGUUAUUGCGGACAGCGAUGUCGUUGCUGGGAUUAGUGGCAGACUAUGGUUCGGAUUCUGACAGCUCUAAGGAGGAGGACGAUACUGCAAAGAAAGAAUCAGCAGUGAAAGAAAAGGAGACAACUACAAAAGGAAGAAAUCUGUUAGAAUCUACACUGGACAGUACUGAUGAGGAGGAAGAGUGUAACGAGACCCCAGAAGUGACAAGAGAAUCAGAAGUAUCAAUAAAACGUUUGCCGAAUCCACUGCUACAGAAUCCAUUGUUGUCUCCUGCAGAGAAGACAAAGCAUGACUGCGAUGCCUGUGAUUCUGUUGGAGUGUUUUCUGUAUUCACAAACCAAUACCGGGAGGCAGAGAAAGCAAAGCAUUCAAUUUUGGAAAAACAUGUUAAAAUGACAUGUCCAUCUGCAGCUGCCAUGGGAGCUAAAAAACAAAUCUGUUGGAAAUUCAAGCAAGGAAAGUGUAGGUUCGGGAAAAGCUGCAGAUAUUCUCACGUCCUGGACACUAUAUCUGUGUCUGACGGUGCACCUCCGGACGACAGUGGGACACAGUUCAGUGAUCAGCAAGGUCUCCGAGCUGCGAGGAUGUACAAUGAUCAGCAAGGAUGGAACAAUGAGCAGCAAGACGAUGACAAAGAUGAUGAUAGUUAUAUGUCAAAUGCCAAACGUAAACAACGUGCAGGAAUCAAUGACACACUGCACCCCUCCAAGAAAGCUUUGGUUCCGUUGGAGAAGCAAAGGGCCACUGAGAGGCCCUGGACUAUGCAUAAGUAUCACUGAUAUGGGCUUAUUGUUACCUUUUGAGGAUCACCUACAAAAGAUUUCCCUUGGAAAAUAAAAUAAGUGAGUUGUAAAGGUGUUGUUUUUAAAUUAAUAUGAAAUCAAUGAAGCGUAAGACUAAAUGUGGUGUGUAUUUAUUUCAUUGUUGCUUAACGCUAUACAGUUUUUGUCACAUGGUAGGAAAUACGGUGGGCCCAGGCUCUCCUCAGUUUCCUUCGCCCAAGAAAUUAUUUUAAAGACAAUAUCCACCUGAAAGUCAUAAAAUAACCCUUCAGACAUAUCCUCCUGACAACCCUAAGACAAUCCUUCAGACAUUAUCCUUCUGAGAACCAUAAGGCAAUCCUUCAGACAUAUCCUCCUGACAACUGUAAGACAAUCUUUCAGACAUAUUCUCCUGACAUCCACUAGGCAAUCCUUCAGACAUAUCCUUCAGACAUCCACAAGGUAAUCCUUUAGACGUUAUUCUCCUGACAGCCACUAGGCAAUCCUUCAGACAUAUCCUUCAGACAUCCACAAGGCAAUCCUUUAGACGUUAUUCUCCUGACAGCCACUAGGCAAUCGGUCAGACAUAUCCUUUUGACAUCCACAAGGCAAUCCUUUAGACAUUAUUCUCCUGACAGCCUUAAAAUAACCCUUCAGAAGUAUCCUCCUGACAACCAUAAAAUCAUCUUUCAGACAUUAUCCUCCUGACAUCCACAAGACACUCCUUCAGACAUUAUCCUUGUGAUAUCAUGCUUACAGUCGGAGCAGGGUAAAAUCCUCUUUAUGCUAUCAUGAUAUGGAGCUGCCUGAGAAUGGUCGUGGCUUUCUCCAGGGCUCUGCCCGUUUUCCUCCCACUAUAAUGCUUGUAGCUAUUGUAUAAGUGAAAUAUUCUUGAGUAUGAUGUAAAACACCAAUCAAAUAAAUAAAUAAAUAUAUUGUUUAGAAGCUAAAGGUUGUCGCAUGUUCAGAUAUACAGUGCCAGUAGUUGUCUCUGUUUAUGGCGUGCUCUAAGUUUGAAGGUUUAUAUUCUAUGAGAUGGAUUAAAAGUGCUUGUCUUUCAGUUUCUAAGACACAUAAGGUGUGAAUUCACUUCCUGCCUUGGACAGGGAAUUUGUAAUAUCCCAGAUUGUGGGAUCAUGGUGGCUAUAAACUGUAGACUAUGAUGAAAUCGUUGCACAAUAUGGUGUUCAUUAAAGAAUAUCACCAAUAUGAUGUGACUGAUGUCUGUAUGUGACUGGUGAGAAAGUUUAUCAGGAACUUAAAAAAAAAAAACAUUUACGCUGAGCUUAAAACUGGCCACCAUGGUAUAAAUGAAAAAUUCUUGAAUAUGACAUUAAACAAAAGUUAACUGAAUAAAUGAAUACUUCUAUCCUUUGAGGUAUACGGUCAUAUCCUGUAUGCCAGACUACAUUAUGUUAGUUACAUUUUCCUGAGUACAGCAAGAAAAAAUAAUACCUGUGAAAUAUUCAAAUAACUUAAUAAAUAUUGAGAGUUUAUAUUACAUUGAAGUAUUAAUGAUGGCUAAUUAUGUCCAAGUUAAACAUCUGUUGGACUGUAUAGUCAUUCUUAAGAGCGUUUGUUGUUGUUGUAGUGGUUUACAAAGAAAUUUUUUUACUGGAACAACAAUAUAUACGAAGGAAUGAUGUUGUUUACGCUGAGAGUCUCUACAUUAACUUCUGAAAUAAACUCUUAAAGAAAUAAAAGCAAAUUG